GGCGGAGAUUUCCCUCAGGCACCGCGGCGGCCACGGGGCGGCUCGGGUGCGAGAGGCCCCGCGGGUGACGUCGGCUGCAGCGCGACGGCGGGGCGGAAGCGGCGGCCGCGGCCCUCGGGAGCGGUUCUCAGGACUUUGAAGCACCGGCACGUUUUGUGUGCUGACAAAUCCCAUCCCUUGUUUCCUUGCCUUUGCCUUCCUCGUUUCUGAGGCAAUGCCCAAAGUGAAGAGGAGCAGGAAGCCUCCCCCGGACGGCUGGGAGCUGAUUGAGCCAACACUGGAUGAGCUGGAUCAGAAGAUGAGAGAAGCGGAGACCGAGCCUCACGAAGGGAAGAGGAAAGUGGAAUCCCUGUGGCCUAUCUUCAGGAUCCAUCACCAGAAAACACGUUACAUCUUUGAUCUCUUCUAUAAAAGAAAGGCCAUCAGCAGAGAGCUCUAUGAGUACUGCAUCAAGGAAGGGUAUGCUGACAAAAACCUGAUUGCAAAGUGGAAGAAACAGGGUUAUGAGAACCUCUGCUGCCUGCGCUGCAUCCAGACCCGGGACACCAACUUCGGAACCAACUGCAUCUGCAGGGUCCCCAAAAGCAAGCUGGAAGUGGGGAGAAUCAUUGAGUGCACUCACUGUGGAUGCAGAGGCUGCUCUGGCUGAAGCCUUCAGCCAUCAGACUACUUUUUGAAGGCUGAGGGAUCUCAUCCUAGAUGAUGGACUAUUAGUGCAGGUACAGCCACCUUCUGUGUGAUUAGGUAUUUCUUAACAGCAAUUAAAACAGCAAGGUCCUCCUCUGGGUCAUGUAUAUAAUGGUGGUCAUUUUGGAGCAGGUUCUUGUGUAGCCAUUUGUUUUAAAAUAAAGACUACCCUUCUGAGAGAGUGCUGUGGACUUCUGGCAAAGCAGUCCCCUGCCCCCCUCCUCCUGUUUGAUGUGGUUUGGGUGGUGGUUUGUUGUUUGCUUUUUCUACUGGGAGGUGUUCUAAACGUGGGCUGGUUUUCAACCAGCUCUUAAGGCUGCAUGGAAAGGAAAUAACAUGGUUCUCAGGCGUCCAGCCUGAGUCACACUCUUCCUCUGACCUUGUACAGGAGUAAGCUGAAUUUCACUGGAGGUAACCUG